ACUCUGGUAGCAAAGAGGGGGAAUUACGGGUUGGUGGUCGGCUUCAUGUUAGGAGGACACCCCUCCAUCUGUUCACAGCUUAGCCUGCUUCCAAUUUAAAGCCCAGAUUUCAAUGCAAACCACAAUUUCUAUUCCCCAUUUUAAAUGCAAAGCAAGGCUCCUGAAUCACAUUACUCUGCUACUGGGAUUCAGACCAAAUUUUCCCCAAAAUUCUCAGGCUAUUUGUUUGAAUACCUGCUUACAGUGGUAUACAAUGGGCAGCUUUGAGAAGAAAAAUUGAUAAUCUUCAUGGAAGAGUAAUUUGAAUGAAAUUACACUUGACAGCCUGUCUCCAAGCAAACAAGAGAAGCCAGGGAGCCUCAGCUAAGCUCUGAGGACUUGCCUGAGCCACUGCUGUUGGAGCUUCCCAGGGGGGAAAAAAAAUCACCAGUUUUUUCCAACGUCUAAUUGAGGCUUUUGAUUAAUUCCGUGUACCAGAUUCUACUGAAGAAAGGUAGCCAUGGAAGAGAAUAUGGAAGAGGGACAGACACAAAAAGGGUGUUUUGAGUGCUGUAUUAAAUGCCUGGGAGGCAUUCCCUAUGCCUCUCUGAUUGCUACCAUCCUGCUCUAUGCUGGAGUGGCCCUGUUCUGUGGCUGUGGUCAUGAAGCACUUUCUGGAUCUGUCACCAUCCUACAAACCUACUUUGAGAUGGCAAGAACUGCUGGAGAUACACUGGACGUCUUUACCAUGAUUGACAUCUUUAAGUAUGUGAUCUACGGCAUUGCAGCUGCAUUCUUUGUGUACGGCAUUUUGCUGAUGGUGGAAGGUUUCUUCACAACUGGGGCCAUCAAGGAUCUCUACGGAGAUUUUAAAAUCACCACUUGUGGCAGAUGUGUGAGCGCCUGGUUUAUUAUGCUGACGUACCUUUUCAUGUUGGCGUGGCUGGGAGUCACAGUUUUCACUUCAUUGCCAGUCUACAUGUACUUCAAUCUGUGGACCAUCUGCCGGAACACCACCUUAGUUGAGGGAGCAAAUCUCUGCUUGGACCUUCGUCCAUUUGGAAUUGUGACAAUUGGAGAGGAAAAGAAAAUUUGUACCGUCUCUGAGAAUUUCUUGAGGAUGUGUGAAUCCACUGAGCUAAACAUGACCUUCCACUUGUUUAUUGUGGCACUUGCUGGAGCUGGGGCAGCAGUUAUUGCUAUGGUUCACUACCUUAUGGUUCUGUCUGCCAACUGGGCCUAUGUGAAAGAUGCUUGCCGGAUGCAAAAAUACGAGGACAUCAAGUCGAAGGAGGAGCAAGAGCUUCACGACAUCCACUCUACCCGCUCCAAAGAGCGGCUCAACGCAUACACAUAAUACCGCACUCCCCUUUCUACCAUUUGAAUUCUUUGGUGUUUAACUAAAGGCCAUCCACUCUCCAACCACUAAAAAAAAAAAAAAAAAAGAAAGUGCUUCUCAUCAGCGAUGCAUGGGGUGACUUAUGAAUCACCUGAAUGCAAUUCUGUCUUGAUUAGCACUUAAUUUGCUAAUCUGUUAAAUUGUUAACUUCUACAAGCUCCUAUCCAGCCUUUUUUUUUCUCAAACUCAUUUAAUAGUUCUGUAAUACCGAAGAUACUAACAUUGUCAAAUGCAAAGAUUUGUUUGAUUUUUAACCACUUCCUACAUGUUACGCAUAACAUCUUUAGCAUUUUUUCUUAUGUUUUUGAAAAGAAAAAAAUAGCUUUUUAUGCUUUUUAGUUUUUAUUUCAGUAACUAGUUUAACUACAGGUAACCUUCUAAGGGACCAUUGUACAUUAUGAACACUAGACAGCGAUGACAUCAUGAUGACUCUUCUUGAAAUACGGAUAUCUUGUCUGAAGAUCAGUGGCCACAUUAUGGCAGGCCCUGGUUAAGGUUUUCAUCAACCUAAGGUGCAAUUUCUAAAUUUGUAAGAGUAGGUAAAAAAAAAAAAAAAAAAAGUGCUUCUUAUCUUUAUUAACAUUGUAUUUUUCUUGGAGUUCUUAAAAGACAUUUUUCUCUGAUUACUCAUGUUUAUGUUGUGAGCAUGUAGAACCAUUGAUGCUAAUGCAUGGCUAGUUGCCUUUUUAAGAUUGUGACACCAGGCUUACCUUUUAAAGUUUAGUAUAGAGACAAAUUAAUGGAAAUAACUACAUGUAGUCUGCAGGAGAAUGCUCUCUUUGUGAUGUAAGCAGUGGCUGGAUUGGAACUUUUAUGCUAUUGUGAAAAAUUAAUUACCUUUAUGAAGGUGACAUAUUAAAAAUAAGCACACUAAUCCCUCAGAAGUUGUUUUACCUGCUUUGAAAGGUUUAAUGGAUUGCACCUCUGUAAAGUAUCCCUAAAUUGUGUAUGAUAUAUUUGAAAAGCCUUCCGUUAAGGUAAUAGCUUUGCUUGCAGCCUUCCAAUCUAUGUUGGUUUACCUGUAGUGUUUUUAAAAAUGUGGUCAGAGGCCAUAGUAGAAUGUAUCAUUUGAAAGUGUAGUGAUAUAUUUGUGUUUUUAUUUCAGGUAAGUCAUUUUAAACACCUAUUCAUUCAUAUUCAUUUAUAAAAAGUACCUGUAUCAAAGGAAUAAAAAAAAAAAAAUCAGUAUUAUUGGACCAAAUUUGGUGUUUGUUUUAAUCUUGACUUUCUUCUUUUAAUUAUUUCUAAUGCUACAAGAAUGCUGUAAAGUGUCUUUUAAAAUGAUGUAGCCUGACAAGACAUUUUUGUCAGUUAUAAAACUAGGUAGUAUUGUGCACUGAUUUGACCAUUGUGAAAUUCUUUCUCAGUGUAAGUGCAUUUCUAAUAAAAUUUAAUGAGUGAAACAAUCUUUGUACAAUGACUAGUCAUGCAUCAUUAGUAAUUUACAAGUUCUUGUAGUAGGUAGAGGAGUAUUAUAGAGUUCUCUGUGGCAUGAUUAUGAAUUCUAUAGAAUUAUUUAAUUAAUUUGGGGUUGGUUUUGCUUCUUUUUUUACACUUAGCUUAUCUUACUGGUUGAACAUUUUUCUGAUAUAUGCAGUAUUACAUAUAUUCAGCAAAAGUAUUAAUGGGCUUCUUUCAAUUCUAUAUUAUAGUGUUUCAGUUCUGUGUCUUAACAGUUUGUGAUGAUUUUUAAAACUGUCUUUUAAACUUAUGUAAUGAUGUUGACUCUUUUGGCUUUUUUUCUGGUAUUAGAGUUUGUAUUUUCACAAAGAAUGCUUUGUAGCAGGCAUUACAAUUAAUCUGUUUUGUACAUAAAUGUGCCAACAGCUUGAUGGUGGCGUUUUUGAAAUGUAGAACAAAGUGCUUGCAAACUGUAAUAAACACACUUGUGUAAUUUGUGUACUUAUCAUGAG